AUGAAUAGUGUUAACUAAUUAAUUAGUACAUAGUACGUCUCUGUUGGUUCAACAAACAAGAAUACUUUAAAGGCAUUACCUGCAAAACAAAAAUAGAAAUUAUAAACAUUUACAAUCGGUGAUGAUAAUGGUUAUAUUUAUAUAUUUGAGUAUUAGAAAAAUGAACACGUUCUAGUUUCUAAAUCUGCUUAGUCUGGAAAGGAAAUUAACCAUGUCCAAUUAGGAUAUAGUUAAUAGAGUGAAAAUGACAGAAUAUUUUAUAGUACGGGAACUUCGAUAAAGGCAAUGAGUCGCAAAGGAAAAGAAGUAUUUAAAGGAGAAUCUAAGAGUAGCGAUCUCAUUACUAAAUUUUAAGUUGAAGGCAAUAGUAUUUGGGGUGCAGGAAAAUAUUUAUUCACUGAAUUCGAUAUACAGUCUGAGAGCUAGAUGAGAGAUAAAUAUGAUUAUUUGAGUAACGAAUUAAUCAAUUGCAUGUAUUCCAGCAAUAUAAUUGAAGGAAAUAAAAUUCAGAGUGUUCUUGCAUGCGGAGAUAACACUUUGAGAGUCGUUUAAGAUGACACUGAAGUCAUGAAAUACAAUUUAACUUCACUGGUCAAUCACAUGAAACCAUAUUCUACUUAAUACUAAUUAAUACAAUCAAAGACAUAAGCACCUAAAACUUAUUUAUGUGCUACAAACGAUGGAGAACUUAUUAUGCUUGAUAUGCAAUUGACUAAAUUUAGAAACUAACCUACUCUUUUAUGGCAAUUGAAAAAUUCUGAAAGCGGUAUAAAUCUCUUUGAUAGCUUCGAUUUCUAUGGAAAAGGAAACUCUGAUUUGCUCGUUUCUUAUGAAGACAGCACAAUAGAACUUCUUUAAUGCAAUAUUAAUGGAGAGCUAGAAGUAGCAGCUAGAAAGACAGUUGAAGAACAAGUGACUUCAGUUGAAGGAGGUUACUUCACUCAGUAAGGUGUUAGUGAGUUCUUGAUUAGUACUUUCUCUGGCCGUGUUUUGGGCAUAUAAGAAACUAAUUAAAAAUUUGCAUCACAAACAUAAAUAGGCUCAUCAUCUAAAACCGAUUUGAGUACAGUAGAGCAAGACAAAGUUAAAAACAAUGCUUUAGCAAUACAAAAACUAAAAGAUGAUAUUUAGAAUUUAGAGAAGUUAGCAGAUGAGCUUUAAAAAAAGUGUGUAAGUGAAGAUGGUCAUGUUGCUUUAGUAAAUGAAGUAAAUAUCAAAAUUGAUUACAAGCUAACCAUCAAUUCAAGUGAUGCUUCCUACAAUCUUAAUCUCAGCUGCCAAUAUCCCUUCGAGUUAAUUGCUCUCUAAAGCAAUUUAAAGUUGGAAAUUAUUGACGUUGAUAACAAAGGUGCAAUAAAAAGUAUUUCUCCUGAAGAUCCUUCCAACGAAUCACUUUUCUUAGCCACAUAUCGUAUGCCAGAAUAAAACAUCUAAAAAAUAGAAUUUAAACUAAGAACUUAUGAAGGCAAAUCAGGUGAUAUUAAAGUUCAUAUCAUCACUUCUCCUUAUCCCAUGAAUUGCCAAGUGAUAAAUGUCCCUAUUAAACCCCUUUCCUUGCAUGUCAGGACAAAUGAAAUUCCAAAUUCAGAAAUGCCAAUGAACGAUUUGACAUUUAUAGGAGAGUUUUAAGCUAAAGAAAUUCAUUAUUAUGUUCAAGAAAUGAUACCUGAUAUUCCUGUUUUAAAUCAUGAUGAAGAAGUAAAAUACAUAUUUAAAUCAUCUUUAGUGGGUUCGUAUUUGGUUUGCACUUAUAACAAAGGCAAAGCAGUAUUUUAGAGUGACUCUGUUAGUACUAUUGCUAUUGUAAAAGAUUUCAUCAAUAACUAGUUAAAUCAGAGAGGAACUGUUGUAAGUGUAAAGUGGAAUAUAAAUGACAAAAGUAUCCCUCACAUGAUCGAGCUUUUAAAGCCUUUGUUCGAAGACCAUAAAAGCUAAACUAUAAAAUUAAAGAUUGUGCCUGCAUUGAAAGAAUUAAAAUUAUAAGAUGAAGAAAUAGAUUUUAUGACACCAGAAAUGAAGCAAAUUUUAUAAAAUUCUGAAUAAAUUUUAAAAGAUUAUGGAAAUCUGCCAUAAAAAAUAGAAUAUUUAAAGGGAAUUGUUAGUGAUUUGGUGUUUGACAGAGCUACAUUAAAAGAACUAGAUGACCCUUCCAAUAAAAUAGAUACAAUAAUUUAAUAUUUAGAAAAAUACGAUUAUGAUCGUGUAAUUAAAUAUAUUCUUAGUUGA